UUUUCCCCUCGAACCUAACGGUUUUCAUCGCGCUAUUGGCACUUAAUUAUUCGAGCAUCGUUGGGGCGAACUUUCUAAAGAAUGCAUGCAUCAUAGAGUGGGGCGCCGAGCAUUCGGUAUUUCAGGGUAAUGGCGACUAUGCGAAACUCACCCUCGAUCCAAUCUCAGGAUCAGGAAUUCAAUCGACAAAAUCAUUUUUGUAUGGAAGCAUUGAAAUGCAUAUCAAAUUGGUGCCGGGAAACUCUGCUGGAACAGUAACAGCAUACUUUCUAUCUUCCCAUGGGGACAACCACGAUGAGAUCGACUUUGAGUUUCUUGGGAAUGUGUCGGGGGAACCAUACAUUAUCCACACGAACAUAUAUACCGAUGGGGCAGGAGGCCGAGAACAGCAGUUUUACCCAUGGUUCAACCCGACACUUGAUUACCACAACUACACGAUUCAGUGGAAUCCAUCUCAAGUUGUAUGGUAUGUGGAUAGUAUCCCGAUAAGAGUGUUCAAGAACUAUAAAAGCGAGGGUAUUCCAUACCCAAGCAAACAGGCGAUGAAAGUGUACGCGAGCAUUUGGAAUGCGGAUAGCUGGGCAACAAGAGGUGGUCUCGACAAACUUGAUUGGAAUAAAGCACCCUUUGUAGCUAAAUUGCGCCAUUUCAGGCCGAGGGCUUGCAUGUACAAUGGACGCGAUAACAUUAGGACAUGUAGAAAUGUCGAAAACAGUCAGCUAAGCAAAGUAGAACGGCGUAAGAUGGAUAAAAUACGAGACAAGUAUUUGGUUUAUGAUUAUUGCACAGAUUUUGAACGAUACAAAGGAUUGAUGCCCGGCGAAUGUCUUAAGCCGCAAUAUUAAAGAGAAAAUCGACGGGGGAGAGAAUGAUUAAUUAGCUUAGCUUAGGCUUGGAGUAGGAUUUGUAAACGUGUUAUAUGUGAUGUUAUUUAUUCGAUUCAUUCAUUCUUUAA